AUGAACCCUGUAACAGCUCCUAAUCACCAACUCUCCCAACUCACAGCUUUUAUGAAAGGCGAGCCCAAAGCAUUAGGGACAGUACAGAUCAUGAUUGCCAUUUGGACUUUUUUGUUUGGUAUCGUUUUAUCCACAUUCAGUCUUUCGCCAGGGAUCAUCAGUGGAAUCACUCUGUGGGGAUCACUUAUCUUUAUAUCUUCUGGCGCUCUGUCAGUUGCUGCAGCGAACAACUCUAAUUCCUGUGUGGUGAAAGCUGCACUGGGAAUGAAUGUGGUCAGCGCUGUGGCUGCAGCUAUAGCUCUCAGUCUGUUUGUAGUGGACAUGUUAUUUGGUUCAAUAUUCAGGCCGUGGUGUCACCACUAUUACUAUGAGAGCAGCUACCAUUGUGGUUAUUCCACUGUGUAUCUGUGGAAUGGAAUCUAUGGAGUGCUGUUUGUUUUCUCUCUUCUUGAGUUUAUCAUCUCUAUCUGCACUUCUGUUUUUGCCUGUAAAGCCACCUGCUGCACUGAGACCACAGUAAUUUUAAGUAUUCUGAUGGGGUUUUACAAAAUCUUUUCCUUACAGGUUAUGUAUUCACAGCCAAUGAAUUCACAGCCGAUGAAUUCACAGCCGAUGAAUCCACACCCAAUGUAUAAUUCUGCAUUCUACAAUCCACAGACUUCACAGCAAUCAUCUUUAGUUACCUCCAACAAAGUUUAA